AUGUAUUGGCUACCGGGGACAGCACAGUACCUUCUCAUUAUAUUCAAAAUGAUCCUAAACACUCUUCCUCUUCUUUCCAUCCUCCCCCUUGUCACAGCAUGGCCUCAUGUCAUGGAGAUGAACGACAGGCUGCUCAGACGCGAAGAACCACCUCCGCGCGAACCGCUCUUCCGCACAGGUCGGCCGAACACAGGAGCUGGCUCGCUAGCACCGACCUUUGACGCACAAGCACAAUACGUCAAUGUCAGCCAGGGCAGUGGCAAUGAGUUUGUUGCACCCCGAUCGGGUGACCGUCGAGGCCAGUGUCCAGGUCUCAAUGCUGCAGCCAACCACGGCUUCAUUCCUCGCAAUGGUAUCGUGUCGACCACUCAGACUAUGGCUGGCUUAGAAGCCGCAUACAACAUGGCUCCAGAGUUGGCGCUAUUGCUGUCUGUCAUUGCCAUUGCUCUCUCCGGUGAUCCACUCACCUCGAGAUGGUCCAUUGGUGGUGAAUUUUCACCCGCUCUUCCUCUGUUCCCGGCAAGUGGACUCUUAGGCAAGUACAACUGUGACGCAUCGAUUGUCAGAGGUGAUGCCUACCUUAACGGCGGUAACGUCGGUGUUUUCCAAAUGCGCUCAUGGGAAGCCCUUUACGCCCGCGCCGAAGAGUACACACUCGACGACAUUGCCGAACAAUCUGACUACGUCACUCGCUGGAGUAUCCUCAACAACCCCUACUACUUCUCCGGACCAUUUUCCGGCCUAGUAGCGCCCGUUGCGCACAACUUUGUCAUCAACUUCAUGUCGAAUCACAGUGCCGAAGUGCCUGGUGGCACGCUCACCCGUGACGUGCUCAAACAGUUCUUUGCCGUUACCGGUGAGCCUGGCAACUUUGUACAUAACCCUGGCCAGGAGCGUAUCCCAGAGAACUGGUACAAGAGGCCCGGUGGCAUCGAGGCGUACAACGGUGUGAAAGCCGUCGCCGACCUUCUUGCCAACAAUGCUAUUUACCCCGGCAGCAUACGCUUCGGUGGUAACACUGGCACUGUCGACUCUUUUGCGGGUGUUGACAUGACAGACUGGACCGGUGGCGUGUUUAACCUCGCCGAUCUUGCAGAGGGCAACAACGGCGUGUGUUUCUUGCUUCAGGCUUCUCUUGCUGGGCUACCCGACAUCAGUAAUCCUCUGCUCGGUGCGGUAGGAUCGGUGCUUGGAUGGGCAAGACAGCAGCUUGGCCCCCUUUCGCAGUCGUUGAACUGCCCUCAGCUUGCUGCGUUUGAUAAUCAGUUGUUCAACAAGUUCCCGGGUGCAAGCUACAGGCCGUAG